AUGACAUCUCUAUCAUCUAUCUUAGAAGUUAGCUCUCUCGGUUCUAUCAACCAAGCUGCAACGCCUACCACGUCCGCCACACCGCUCGCUACUGAGCCCGUGACAGUCAUCGCAACCAAGACAGAGACCGUCCAUAUAACAGUCUGGCCGGCAACCAGUUCCUCGGCUGCAUCUUCUGUGACAAUUUCUUCAAGUGAACAGAGCACAGUUCACAUCCUCGCAACAGCAACGGAAACGCUUGUCGUGACAAUUUACCCAGCUACGUCAUCUCUGUCUUCGACAUCAUCCACUUCCAGUACUUUAUCCACUUCAGGCGAGAACAGCGCCAUUCCACCGGCAGCAGCAGAAUCAACGGCAGACACAGCAGGGACUCCUGCUGCCUUAGCAACCACUCAAUCCACUGCACCGGUACCUACGAGCACGACAACGUCAGAUUCAGGACAAGGCUUGCUCAGUGUCAUUCCUGUGACGCCAGCUGGGUUUAUUCAUGUUACUGAGACAGUGACGGAGGUUGUUACAGAUAAGGUUACUGAGACUGUCACUGCUACUGUCACUGCUACUGUUACUAGGGAUGUAUAG